AUGGGUGAACACUCGAAAGCACUUGAAUUUUACGAAGAAGCACUUAAAAUAAGAGAUAAAGCAUUGCCCUCGCAUCAUCCUGAUUUGGCUGCAUCCUACAAUAACAUUGGUACAGUGUAUCACAACAUGGGUGACUACGCGAAGGCACUUGAAUUGUACGAUAAAGCAAACGAAGUUUUGAAAAAAACUCUGCUUCCCAACCAUCCCUAUUUAGCUACUUCGUACUGCAACAUCGGCCAAGUGUAUAACAACAUGGGUGACUAUUUAAAAGCACUUGAGUUUUACGACAAAGCACUUAAAAUAAGAGAAGAAGCUCUAUCUUCGAAUCAUCCUGAUUUGAGUACUGUCUACAACAACAUCGGUCAAGUACAUAACAACAUGGGUGACUAUUUAAAAGCACUUGAGUUUUACGAAAAAGCACAUCAAAUAGUUGAAAAAGCUCUCACCCCAAAUCAUCCCGAUUUGGCUACUUUCUACAACAACAUCGGUCAAGUUUAUUACAACAUGGGUGACUAUUCACAAGCACUUCAAUUUUACGACAAAGCACUUAAAGUAAGUGAAAAAGCUCUCCCUUCAAAUCAUACUCAUUUAGCUGCUACCUACAACAACAUCGGUCAAGUGCAUAACAACAUGGGUGACUAUGCAAAAGCACUUGAAUUUCACGGAAAAGCACUUAAAGUCUACGAAGAAGCUCUGCCUGCGAAUCAUUCCUAUUUGGCUACUUCCUAUAGUAACGUCGGUGCCGUGUAUUAUUGCAUGGGUGACUAUUUGAAAGCGCUUGAAGUUUACGAAAAAGCACUUAAAGUCUACGAAGAAGCUCUGCCUGCGAAUCAUUCCCAUUUUGGUACUUCCUAUAGCAACAUCGGUCAAGUGUAUAACAACAUGGGUGACUAUUCAAAAGCGCUUGAAUUUCACGAAAAAGCACUUAAAGUCUACGCAAACGCUCUGCCUCCGAAUCAUUCCCAUCUGGCUACUGCGUAUACCAACGUCGGUACCGUGUAUUAUUGCAUGGGUGACUAUUCGAAAGCGCUUGAAUUUCACGAAAAAGCACUCAAAGUAAGAGAAAAAGCUCUGCCUCCGAAUCAUCCUGAUUUGGCUGUUGGUUACUUGAGUUUUGCAGCGUGUUACGAAAGAAUGGGUGAUUACGCAGUUGCUCUUAAUGCUGUUCAAAGUGCUUUUGAAGUUCAGAAAAAAGCAGUUGAAGAAGAUAAUCCAGCUUUUGCUACAACAUACAGUUGGUUUGGAAGCGUUUAUCAGGAUAUGAAGGAUUAUUCAAGAGCACUACUUUGCUUUGAAAAGUGUCUUGUAAUAGCGCAGCGAACAUUACCUGAAGGGCAUCUGUAUCAGGCUAUUACAUACAGUAAUAUUGGUGAUGUUCAUCGAUUAAUGGGAGAUUAUGAAAUGGCAGUUUCGUUCCAUCGGAAAGCGUUAAAUAUUGCAGAAAAUAUUCAAUGUAAUUCUCUAGAAUGUGCAAAGAUAUACACAAAUUUAGGUGAAACUUAUCGACAAAUGGAAGAUUAUUCAACGGCAUUGACAUAUUUCGAAAAAGGAUUAGAAAUACGUGAAAAUAAACUACCAAAAAAUCAUCCUGAUUUAGCUGUUAGCUAUCAUAAUUUGGCGAAAUUAUAUUUGGCCAGUAGACAAUAUAGUAUGGCAAAGAAAAAUGUUCAACAAGCGGUAGAAAUUGCUCACCAGAAACUGCCUUCGAAUCAUCCUCAUCUAUUGGACUAUCAAGAAACAUUAGAAAAAAUUCCAAAGAAAUUUUAA